AACUCAGCAUAGACCAAAGUACAGAACCAACUACUCCCUUUUUCCCCCCAGCAGACCAGACGUAAAUUUGUUAAAGAUGGCCUGGAAGAUCAGUUGCCUAAUGAGAAUGUGCAGAUUUCUUCUCUUAGUGAUUUUGUUUCUGCCCUGUGAGGUGACAAGUUCUGUCUUAACUGUGAAUGAUAAAACUGAGAACUAUAUUCUGGACACUUGGCUUGGCUCCCAAGAAUCUCUGAAAUGUGCUGUUAAAAACCACACCAGGGAGGAAGAACUACUCUGGUACCGAGGAGAGGGGACAGUGGAUUUGAAAUCUGGAAACAAAAUCAACUCCAGUUCUGUCUGUGUCUCUUCCAUCAGUGAAAAUGACCACGGAAUCACCUUUACUUGCAAGCUACGGAGGGAUCAGUCGGUGUCCAUCUCAGUGGUGCUGAAUGUCUUUUUUCCUCCUCUUCUGAGUGGAGACGACUUGCAAACCGUUGAGGAAGGCAGUGAUGUGAAGUUGGUUUGCAAUGUGAAAUCCAACCCCCAGGCUCGAAUGAUGUGGUACAAAAACAGUAACAUCCUGAAUUUAGAGCAAAAUCACCAAGUCCAACAGACAAGUGAGUCUCUUCAACUGUCAAUCACCAAAGUCAAGAAAUCUGACAAUGGAACCUAUAGCUGCAUUGCAAAUUCAUCUCUGCAAAUGGAGACCAAGGACUUUCACCUCAUUGUCAAAGAUAAAGGUGUGGCUAUACCCAUAGAACCCAUUAUUGCUGCAUGUGUUGUGGUCUUUCUGACAUUGUGCUUUGGACUCAUCGCUAGAAGAAAAAGUAUAAUGAAGCUCUGCAUAAAGGAUGAAGAUCCUCAAAGAGAAACAGCUUUGUAAGUACUCUGGG